UGUUGCACACAACAUUCUGACACAGGACUCAAGAUGGCAUUGUUGCUCCUACUGGUGAUGCUGACAGCAUGUGCUGCUCUUCCUCAAGAUCUAUCAGGUAAAAUGUUCACCUUCCCACAACAGAGCAUCUCAGCUCAGGUGAGGCUGACAACAUCAAGACAGUAUCUGAGGGAUGUGACCGUCUGUCUCAGGUAUUUUACAGACCUCCGUAGAGAUUACAGUCUUUUCUCUUUGGCCACACCCUCUGCUUCCAAUGAAUUUCUGAUUUUCAAGACGGGUGCAAGCGAUAGGAUUGAUCUCUAUAUCAGGAAUAGUGCUGCAGACUUCGUAGGGCAGGACAACAAUCUGAACACAUGGCACUCAGUUUGUGCCACAUGGGAUUCUGCAUCUGGACUGGGGCAGCUGUGGUUAGAUGGAAAGCCCUCAAGUAGGAAAUUCAUCAGCUCUGGAUCCGACAUCAGCGGGCCCAUCAUAAUUGUUUUAGGACAGGAGCAGGAUUCCCAUGGCGGAGGCUUUGACAUUAAUCAGUCUUUUGUUGGCAUGCUGUCUGACGUCCACAUGUGGGACUACACCCUUUCCCCAUGCAUGAUCAAGCGGUAUAUGGAUAAACUGAACUUCACCGCGGGAAAUUUGCUCAACUGGGGGAAACUGGAGUUCCAGACUGUAGGGAGGGUGCUGAUAGAAAAUAAACAAGAGUCCAACUGUUAAACUUUUCAGGUUAAACAAAAAAGUGAAAUUAAAAAAAAAAAAAAAGAAGAAAAAAACUCCUAAAGAUUGUUUAUCUUUUUCUAAAGAUCUGUUGUUGAUAUUAUUAUCUUUUGCAGUAUUUGUUCAUCAUAUUAUUGCAAAAGAGUGACUUUUCUCUUUUUUUAUGUACUUAAUGUGCAAUCAUAAAUCCAUCCAUACUGUAGAGGAAAACAAAGUUCAAUUACAUCAGUUUAUGUUAUUUUUUCCAAAGAACAUUAUUUCUAUAGGGGCGGCACGGUGGUGUGGUGGUUAGCACUCUCACCUCACAGCAAGAGGGUUGCCGGUUCGAUCCCGGGCGUGGGAGCCCUUCUGUGCGGAGUUUGCAUGUUCUCCCCGUGUCAGCGUGGGUUCUCUCCGGGCACUCCGGCUUCCUCCCACAGUCCAAAGACAUGCAGACUGGGGACUAGGUUAAUUGGUGACUUUAAAUUGUCCGUAGGUGUGAAUGUGAGCGUGAAUGGUUGUUUGUCUCUAUGUGUCAGCCCUGCGAUAGUCUGGCGACCUGUCCAGGGUGUACCCUGCCUCUCGCCCGAUGUAGCUGGGAUAGGCUCCAAGUUUUGAAGUAAAGUUGUAUUGUGUUUAAUAACUUCUGUAGAUCAACAAUGAAAUGUAAAAAAGAACACUGUAAAUAAUAAAGUGAAUAUCAUGUAAACGCUCUAA